CUUGCAGAGGAUAAAUACCUUUCGCCACCUCCAAACCCAACUUCUCAUUUUCUCCGUCAUCAAUAUAAAUAGCCUCCUCCAUCAUCAAACACCCUCUGUCUGUUUCUCUGAGAAUCUCAAUUCUAUCUCAGCCACCCGUUGCGGCGGAGAUGGAGCAGCAACUGACCUCCGGAGCCAGCAACCGAAUAAUCCCAAUUCUGAGAGCUUUGAGGACCUCUCUCAUUUUCGUUUACACAGUCCUCCUCUCUCUCCUCCUCCUCCGCCGCCGCCUCUCUCCUUCUCAAUGUUCAAGCAAGCGCAGGAGGGAAGAGGAGGACACCUUGAGAAGGAGAGCCUUGGCUGAAGAUUUGGACGUUUCUUUUGGUAAUGACCACAGGCUCCGAUGCUCCAACUCCUUGUUCUUUGCCCCUAGUUCCCAUGCCCUCUUCUGCCGCUCCUGGGUUCCGGUCUCCGGUGACUUAAAGGGCAUCUUGCUUAUCAUACAUGGGCUUAAUGAGCACGGUGGAAGAUAUGCUGAUUUUGCUAGGCAACUAACAUCCAGCAAUUUUGGGGUCUAUGCAAUGGACUGGAUAGGUCACGGUGGGAGCGAUGGAUUGCAUGGGUAUGUACCCUCAUUGGACCAUGUUGUUGCAGACACUGGCGCAUUCCUUGAAAAGAUCAAGUCAGAGAACCCUGGAAUACCAUGCUUCCUUUUUGGUCAUUCCACUGGGGGUGCAGUGGUUUUGAAGGCUGCUUCAUACGCUCACAUUGAAGAAAUGCUGGAGGGAAUUGUAUUGACCUCACCAGCUUUGCGUGUGAAGCCAGCACAUCCAAUUGUUGGGGCUAUGGCUCCUAUUUUUUCUGUGGUUGCUCCCAAGUUCCAAUUUAAGGGUGCAAACAAAAGGGGCAUUCCAGUUUCUAGGGAUCCUGCAGCAAUGUUGGCAAAGUAUUCUGAUCCAUUGGUAUAUACAGGACCUAUACGGGUGAGAACAGGCCAUGAGAUCUUGCGUAUUUCUUCUUAUUUAAUGAGGAGCUUUAGGUCAGUGACUGUCCCAUUCUUUGUCCUUCAUGGAACUGCUGAUAAAGUCACAGAUCCUCUAGCCUCCCAUGAUCUGUACAAUGAGGCAGCUUCCAAGUUCAAAGAGAUAAAGCUUUAUGAUGGCUUCUUGCAUGACCUUCUCUUUGAGCCUGAACGUGAAGAGAUUGGACAGGAUAUUAUUAACUGGAUGGAGAAGAGAUUAAGUGCUAGCCUUGGAAUUGUUGAUAAUAUCUGGUAAAACAGAGUGCCGCCCUUGCACGCCCGCUCACAGAGAGACAAGUGUAGUAUCUGAAUAGGUUGUAUUGGAUUGUUGAUUUAUCAAUAUAUAUUGUAUCGGGUGGUUGUAUCACAAUCCAACUUGUAUUUAAUAGUAUGAAAACUUAUUAUAUAGUAGUUCAUUCUCAUUUUUAU